CUUUUGCACAAAUCUUCCACUUCCACUUUCAGUUACUUGUCACACUACCUACUUUUUUACUUUCACUAUGGAACAACACACUUUCGCGCGUACGGCCCUGGCCAAAGAAAGGAUACUCGGGAAAAUUAUCGGCUACCUAAUGCGCAGCCUUGGGACAUUCUACUGUCCUUUUUCAACAACUUUUGAUUUUGACAAGCAUUCUAUCGCCACGCACACCGGUAUUCAGUACGCUCUCGUUUCUCAUCAAUGGAUGAACACGAUCUAUAUUACAAGCGAUUCGCCAGCACUAAAGUUUAUGGUGAAAUCCAAAUUUUUGACCAAGACGCUGCGUCCAAAAGAGUCGUAUAAACGCUGGAGGUCAAACAUAAACUCUGUUAUUCGGAUGAGCGGACUAAAUUAUACAACCAGGCUGUAUAUCAACACUCAGAAUAGUGGACCCCUUCCUCCCCUCGAUAUGCUUUUAGACGGUUUUGGAUUUGGUGCAGCAACGUGGUUGAAUCUCAGAGACAUCGUAUUUUGUGACUAUGUUGCUUUUCAACCGGUACUGUGGGCGAGCAACCACGUUGAUCGGGCCUAUUCAUAUCUGCAUAAGUUGGCACCUUCUCUCGGUAAUAUCCACUCAAGACCAAAUUACGUUCUUGAUUUGCUUGACAAAAGGUUCACUAACCGCAAGUGGUAUCUUGACGUAGCGCCAGCUCGCCAUCUAUCAACCGCAUAUUUUCCGCACUUGACCAGUCUGUAUAUAAACGAUACUUCUAGCCUGGCAAGUCUCCCGAUAUUCCCAAAGCUCCAGUCAUUACAGGCCACAAAUAUAUUCAAUGGCCGUGUCGACUUCAACGAGCUAUUCAUUGAUGCUAGACUACAAUCGCUGAGGGUUACUGAGCGGCCCGAGUUUACACCAUCUAUCCACUCAGUACCCCUGAAACAUGUCGAUACGCUGUAUUUUGAUACUUUGCCUUCGUCUACACCACAAAGCAUCGCUAUAUUGAAAAGCUCAGUCACUCAGUUAUUUGAGGUUUCUUCAGAUGUCAGACAUGCAGAUGUUCAAAUCACAAUGCUCCCUAUCACGGCGCUCAAUUGGCCAAAUCUCAUAAAUCUCAAACUUAGAAUCAUCAGCAUUGACUGGAAUAUAGUAGAAUCGCUUCUCGAGGGACUCCCAUGUCUACGGACAUUGACUAUCAUACGAGAUCAGGGCAAUCGUCAACUAACAGCUGCCCUGUCACUUGGGCAUGAGAUUGAGAGCUACAAUCCCACCUCAACGAGGGAAAUCAGUAAAAGCCUUGAAGGGUUUGAAUAUUAUAAUCUUGCAGGUACGAAAGAUGCCGGUAUUUCCGAGUUUGUCCUGCAGUUGGUUUCGCGUACGCCGUCGCUCAUGGUCAUCAAGUCAAGAGAUAUAUACGAUGAAGGGCUAAUAGCGGUUAUCGCUAGUCAGAAUAUCGAGUUCAGAUCCUAAUAGAUCCAUUCCCCAACCCCAGUUUGCCAUGAUAAUUUCCUGCGACUGGUUUGCAUGCGUCGAAGAAUAUUUUUUGUAAAAGCUAAUACAAGUACACUUUUCUUUCCCAGAUAUUAUACCAUGGUUAUCUUUUUCCAUCUUCCGCAUCUGUUUUCGUUCUCUAUCCUCAG